CUCGGGGGGUAAAAGGUGAAAGUCUCCGAGCACCUGGGCCGCUGGCUUUGUCUCCUGGCGGCCUUCAAGAUGUCAGACGCGGACGACAAGAAUGUCUUAGAGGAGGAAACAGAAGAGGAAAACGUGAUUUUAACCCUGGUGCCCAUCACGGAGGACUACGAACAACACAUGGAGCCGAGCAUCUCUUCCACCGCGGGUGCAGGAAGCGCAGGUCACCUUCCACAAGUGAAGGAAGAGCUCAAACCUUUCCCCAAACCGAGAAGCAAAGCAGGAGUGCCUCCCUUGCCCACCGUCCUGCCCCCGGUGAACGAGGUGUCUCGGGACACCCUGCGGAGCUGGUGCCAGCAGUUUAACCUGAGCACUGACGGCCAGAAAAUAGAGGUCUACCUGCGGCUCCAGAGGCACGUGUACCCCCAGCAGGAAUGCGACGUGCCUGGGACCUCGAGGGAGGCCAAACUGCAUUGCACUUUGAGGAAACGCAGGACAGGGAGCAGGAAGAAGAGCCUUGUGACGAGUCUGGAUGCCACUUUGAAAGAGGAGGAGGCUGGCGUAGUGGAAGUGGUGACUUCGGCUCAGGAGUCCAUGCUGGCGUCUUGGGCGAGGAUAGCGGCGAGAGCGGGUCAGCCCAGGGCUGUGACUUCCUGUCCCAUGCCCAGCUCUGUGGCAGCCUUCUUGCCGCAAGCCCCGGGUGGCAGGUGGUGCGUGGUCCACGGCCAGCUUCGCUCUGCAGAUGUGGCGGGCUGGGUUCGCCUGCAGUUCCGCGCGGGUCACACCUGGGUCCCCGACACUCCCAGGCGGAUGAUCGCACUCAUUCUGUUACCGGCCUGCACCUUCCCGUCCCCGGGGACAGAGGACAACACGCUGUGCCCUGAAUGUGUUCAAAGGAAUAAGAAGAUGAUGAAGAAAUUAAUCAUGAGAGAGAAAAUGAGACAUCUUGUAGGAGACCAGAAUAUGUCACCCCAGAACAUGCCCCCCUAACCAGUGUGAAGCACCUUCGUGACUGAGGGCGACUGAGAAGAACUAGACAAGAAAAGCUUUCUGCCUUCCCAUUCUUGUCUAAAAAACAGGACACAAAUACACUCCCGGCUCCUCCCGUCUCGGUAGGAGUCCGGAGGUAAAGACACAUAUCGCGGCCUGCUGUGAAGGUGGAAUCCUGAGCACCUUCAGCGUCCCCUGGUGCCAAGAGUCAGACUUGUUGAGUACUUCAGUACUUACCUAUAG